CAAAACAAGCCGGAGACCCGCCUUUUCCCUCCGGCUCGGGAGCGUCUCGCUCGUGCCCCGGGCCCGUGGCGCCCGCGCGCCUGCGAGCCUCGGUGGCCGCGCGCCGGCUCCAGGAAGCCGGGGAGGGCGCGGCGGCCGGGAUGGCGCGGCGCGGGCCGCGCGGCUAGACGGGCUCUGUAGGAGCCGCCGGCCCGCGCCCUCCCUCCUUUCCCAGAGCCGGCUCCUCACGGGGCCGGGAGCGACCACGCUCGGGGAGCCGUCUUCCCUCACGCUGGGCACCCGGACGCUUGCGGCGAGAUGCCCAACCCCAAAAACAGCAAAGGCGGCCGCAAAAACAAGCGCGCCAACAGUAGCGGGGACGAGCAGGAAAAUGGAGCCGGGGCCCUGGCAGCGGCGGGCGCGGCGGCCGGGGGGGCCCAGGCGGCGGCGGCCGGCUGCGGGGCGGCGGCGGCAGGCGCGCCGGGCACCGGGGGCGCAGCGGGCGCAGGAGGCACGGGCUCUGGCGCCGCGAACGCCGCGGCCGCCGCGGGGGCUGCAGCCGCGGGCGACGCCAAGAACGAAGCCCCCUGUGCCACGCCCCUGAUCUGCAGCUUCGGGAGGCCGGUGGACCUGGAGAAGGACGACUACCAGAAGGUGGUGUGUAACAACGAGCACUGCCCCUGCAGCCCUUGGAUGCACCUGCAGUGCUUCUACGAGUGGGAGAGCAGCAUCCUGGUCCAGUUCAACUGCAUCGGCCGCGCGCGCAGCUGGAACGAGAAGCAGUGCCGCCAGAACAUGUGGACAAAGAAGGGCUACGACCUGGCCUUCCGCUUCUGCUCCUGCCGCUGCGGGCAGGGCCACUUAAAGAAGGACACGGACUGGUACCAGGUGAAGCGGAUGCAGGACGAGAAGAAGAAGAAGUCUGGCUCGGAGAAGAACACAGGGAGGCCCCCCGGCGAGGCUGUGGAGGAGGCGAAAAAGUGCAGGCCCCCGAGUAAGCCCCAGAAAGGCCCGAGCCACGACCUGCCCCGGCGCCAUUCCAUGGACCGGCAGAACUCCCAGGAGAAGGCGGGUGGAGCCUACGGCGCCCGCUCCCCGUGCGGCUCCCCGGGCCAGUCCCCACCCACCGGCUACUCCAUCCUCUCCCCUGCCCACUUCAGUGGCCCCCGUUCCUCCAGGUACCUCGGGGAGUUCUUAAAGAACGCCAUCCAUCUGGAGCCUCACAAGAAGGCCCUGGCCGGGAGCCAUGUGUUCAGAAACGCCCACUUUGAUUACAGCCCAGCCGGGCUGUCGGUUCACAGGGGGGGACACUUCGACGCCCCUGUGCAGUUCCUGCGGCGGCUGGACCUCUCUGAGCUCCUCGCUCACAUCCCCAGGCAUAAGUUGAACACUUUCCAUGUGCGGAUGGAAGACGACGCCCAAGUGGGCCAGGGGGAGGAUCUGCGGAAGUUCAUUCUCGCAGCCCUCAGUGCCAGCCACAGGAACGUGGUGAACUGCGCUCUGUGUCACCGGGCGCUCCCGGUGUUCGAACAGUUCCCACUGGUGGACGGAACUCUGUUCUUAAGCCCCUCGAGGCAUGAUGAGAUCGAGUAUGAUGUUCCUUGUCACCUUCAAGGGAGACUCAUGCAUCUAUAUGCGGUGUGCGUGGACUGCCUGGAAGGGGUUCACAAGAUCAUCUGCAUCAAGUGUAAGUCGCGGUGGGAUGGUAGCUGGCACCAGCUGGGCACCAUGUACACCUACGACAUCCUGGCUGCCUCUCCGUGCUGUCAGGCCCGCCUGAACUGUAAGCACUGUGGGAAGCCGGUGAUCGACGUGCGGAUCGGGAUGCAGUACUUCUCCGAGUAUAGCAACGUCCAGCAGUGUCCACACUGUGGGAACCUGGACUACCAUUUCGUGAAGCCAUUUUCCUCCUUCAAAGUUCUCGAAGCUUAUUGAUGAAAGCUUUGCUUUAGUAAUAGCUAUUUUAUUGAUAUUAUUACUUUAUUACAUAUCUUUUAUAGGGAAACAUUCUGUGACAUUAAUUUCUUUUCUAAAUUAAAGGAGGGUUACUUUGUGUAUGUGCGCCACUAAAAUGGGGGCUUCCCCUCGCCCUGUCUUGAUUCCUGAGUGUUAGUCUGUGGUUAUGACCAGAGCCCAGGUGGGUAAUCCUGUGAGCUUGGUUAGGGCUCACCCUCACUACGAGUCUCUGAUGCAGCUUUAAAUGUUGGGGAGGAUGGCAUGAGUUUAGGAGAGGGAUUAUGUGGUUUGUUAACUGUAAGUGUGAUUGGAGUUAGAAGGAAACUCUUAACUAAAAUCUUAACUUUCUGAAGACCCGCUUUUAGAUCUUCCCUGGGCCUUGGAAAAGAAUAUGUGACAAGUGAAUGUAAUUCUGCCUGGAGAACAAAUAGUGUAUUAUAUUAGUUUAUCUUGGCUUCUGUCCUGCAGUACAGCUGACAUGCAGUUUACUAGCACCAGUAGAUGGUUUGAAAUGGGCAUACCUGCUGUUUCCAUCAUUGUUGUAAUUUAACGGUCAAUUUUUAUACUGAAAAUAAUAACCCAAUUUUAGGACAUAUGUUAUUAAACCUGUUGGUAUUCCAAAUAUUUAGGUAGCUGACCUGUAACAGAGAAUAUGUGAAACGAAUUGGGAAAUAAUGCAUACUGACUUGAGGGCACAAAGGUAGAAUUCUUUCAUUUGAAUUUUGUCUUUGAAGUUUCUCAAACUAGCACUUAAAGAAGAUCCAUAAAUAACAUGAUUCUUCUUACAGGUAAAUCACACAGCCACAGAAUCCAAUUGAUGAGUUUCAGAACCAAAUAUUGACAUAUUUAUUGUCCCCAAAAUUUCUUAAGUCCACCUUUAACCUAUUAGAUACUGAGUUUCCAAAAUCAACGAUUUGACCCUAGGAAAGAGAGAGAACAAACAUUUGAGAGGAUGAUGAAGAAAAGAAUAAUUUUAAUAUUACCUUUUAAAAUGUGUUUUAUUUUGGAAAAUCACUGAUAAUAAUGCGUAACAGCAUAUUUGAAAAAAUAGACCAUUCUAAAGAUCCCAUGAUACCUAACAGUUGGUGGGAAGAAAAAGAUUAUCAUAUAUACAGCUUGAUUAGUCAGAGCAUUUGGCAUCCAAAACACCACCUUUUAUUCAUUAGAAGUAAAUACUGUAGGCUGACAUUCUCUACCCUUUCAGAACUGAAAUAUGAUUUCUCAAAGAUGAACGUGAGAAUUUCAUGUAUAGUAUGCAUAUGUACUAAAAGAAUGCUGAAAACAAUCACUAUGGAUAGCCAAAUUUGGGGUUGAAGUGAACAUUUUAUGUUGCUCAUUGGUAUAUACCAUUUUUUUCUCAGUGGGGUUUUCAUUUUAGAAGCGUUUAGGCAUUAUUGCAAAUGGGUUUCAGUUCUAUAUGAAAUAUUUGAUGUUUUGUUUGAAACAGCCCAACAUUAAAGAACCAAUACAUUAACUAAUAUUUUUCAUCUUUCAGUUUGGAAGAUUGUUAUUUGGUUUGCUGCAUCUAGUUUGGUGUUUGAUGAUCUGAAAAAUGUUUCACAGUAGGGGAAAAUGAACAAAAUGCCAAUAAGAAGCAGGAAAUCGUUAUUGGUCUUGAUAGUGUUUGCUGGAACUAAAAGACAUAACUCUUGCAAAUUUGUCUUUAAGACACAAAGUUGUGAUAGUGAAUUAACUGUUUCCCUAUUGAUUCUCUAAUGUAUCCCAAGUCUGAAAAUUGGUAAGUUUCUCUUGUUUUCAGAAUACCAUGUAGAUUUUCUGGAUUUAAAAUAAAUGGUAAAAUAUUUGUAAUGCUGGUCUUUAACCCACCUAAAUUUUUAUAGUGAAACCUUUAUAUUGUUAUUCUAAAGCUAAAAGUUGACCUCUACAUUAUAUUCAGUGAGCUCCUGAGCUUGAAACUGCUGUGGGCAUAGUGUAUGCUGCAUUUCAUAUUUUCUUUUUAGAUUUUUUUCUACCCCCCCACCCUCCCCCCAAUAAGUAUGAUGAGGUUUCAUUAUAAUUGGGUAAACUUGCUUCUGGACAUUAUUUUGAUGAUAGGAUUCUAUGGAUAUAUGCAGUAUGUAAAAAGAGAAGCAUGAAUAUCAUACUGAGAAUAUCUGUUGUCUUGAAGGUAAUUCAUUCUUAUGUAAAAGGGAAAAUUUGUCUGAUUAGGAAUAAAAUGAAAUUGAGUGCACAGCACUAUACAGGUAAAUCUUAUUUUGGAAAUCUGCUGACUUUAAUACCCCACAAUUGCCCUGAGUACCUUGAUUGGAAUUUAAAUAUGUCAAGAAAGAUUAUUAUUUUUGUUGUUGUUAGUAUAUUAGUUACCUAAGAGGUCCAGUUUCUGUUUCUCUGAUGAAUAGUGUUCAGUAACAUAAAGCAUUUUUCGUCUACUCUUAAUAUUUUUUAAUCAUUUACUUUUAAAAGCUUUAUGUCUUGAACAAAUGCAAUUAUCUGCUUCAGUGAGAAGAUAAUUUCUGAUUGGUCAUUUUUUCUUCAGGCCAUCUCUCCUGUCCACUCUUCUGGUUACAUCGGAACUACCUGGUAUAUCAGGUUUAUACCUUGAAAUAUAGACAUGAUGUUAUGAAGUUAGGGAGUUGGAUAAAUUCCCAUUUUGAUUACAAAGGAGAAUUCCUCAAAUGCCCUUUAAUUUCUGGUUGUUUUUUUUUUUUUUAAAGAAGUUUACUUUUUGAGUAAAAGUUAUUUCAUAUCUGGGGAAAAUUAACUUAUCAAAAAGAAUCUCUAUUGGUCUUCAAACCCUAAAACUAAACAGAUCGACUGACAUAUAUACAUAUAAAUACAUAUAUAUGUAUAUAUGUAUAACUUAGUAGAGCACCAAAACUAACUUGCGCAAAUCUUAACAUUUAGUCCUGCAAGACCAAUGCUUAACAUGCAGUUUGUUCUCCUGUGGCCAGGUCGGUAACUCUAGUUUGCUGUUCUGUUCGGUCUCCUGGUAUAGCGGUGAAGUUUUUGGAGGUUGGGGAUGAGGUGAGGAGAAGGUGCUCUUGUUUAGCCUUUUGUUUCCUGUGAUAGGGCGCUGCCUAACCUAGUUCAUCUUCAUGUCCUGUUGACUUUAUUAUUAUUCCAGGUAAUUGAAAGAAAAUAUAAUGGAUGCACAAAUAAAUCCAGCUCAAAAAAAUAUUCUUGUCAGUAAAGAUUUCUUGUCAAGAUGUCUUGGAUUGCACUUUUGUUGAGGGAAGACAGUGUAAAUAGUUAAAAGAACGUUGAUACAAUUGAAGCAUUUGGUUGUGGAAUUGUGUGUGGUGUUAGAGGGUUUCUGUUUGUGAAAUGUAUGUAUUAAAAAUAAUAAAAUUUCAGAAACUAA